AUGACGCCUGGCAUGUACAUCGUGCAGCAGCGCGGACAUCUGAGCGAUCGAUAUCAACGCGUAAAGAAGUUGGGUAGCGGUGCGUACGGCGAAGUGUUAUUAUGCAAAGACAAACAGACAGGAGCAGAAAGAGCAAUUAAAAUUAUUAAGAAAUCUUCCGUCUCUGCCCCCAACAGCGGCGCUCUCUUAGAAGAAGUUGCAGUACUUAAACAGCUCGACCACCCGAAUAUCAUGAAGUUGUACGAGUUCUUUGAAGAUAAAAGAAACUACUAUUUGGUUAUGGAAGUUUAUGGAGGCGGCGAACUGUUUGACGAAAUUAUAUCUCGACAGAAGUUCUCGGAAGUAGAUGCAGCAGUAAUCAUGAAGCAAGUGUUGAGCGGUGUAGUGUAUCUGCAUAAGCACAGCAUUGUUCAUCGCGAUUUGAAACCUGAAAACCUUCUUCUCGAGUCUAAGGCCAGAGAUGCAUUGAUUAAAAUUGUCGAUUUCGGUCUCUCUGCCCACUAUGAAGCUGGAGGGAAAAUGAGGGAAAGACUCGGCACUGCAUAUUAUAUCGCUCCAGAAGUUCUGAGGAAGAAGUACGACGAAAAGUGCGACGUUUGGUCUUGUGGUGUUAUUUUGUAUAUUCUUCUCUGUGGGUAUCCGCCAUUUGGAGGUCAAACAGAUCAGGAGAUAUUAAAGCGUGUUGAGAGAGGGAAGUUUUCGUUUGAAAUGCCUGACUGGGGCCACGUAUCGGAAGAAGCAAAGGAUUUAGUGCGGCGUAUGCUUACCUACGACCCGACUAAAAGAAUAUCUGCAGAUGAAUGUUUGCAUCAUCCGUGGAUUGUCAAAUUUUCUGCUGAAAAGGACACUGAUAUGCCCAAGCAUGCACUCACUGGAGCCCUAGGAAACAUGAAGAAAUUCCAAGCAACUCAGAAGCUGGCCCAAGCAGCAAUGUUGUUUAUGGGGUCGAAGCUAACGACAGUAGAGGAGACGAAAGAGCUGACGACUAUCUUCAGAGCUCUUGAUAAGAACGGUGAUGGACAGCUUGAUAGAAAAGAAUUAAUUGAAGGGUAUAGAAAGCUCCUCGAGUGGAAGGGAGAGUCUGGAGAAGUGGAUGAAGCGACGAUUGAAGCGGAGGUCGAUCAAAUCCUCGCAACUGUCGACUUUGAUAAAAAUGGAUAUAUUGAAUACUCAGAAUUCGUCACGGUUUGCAUGGAUAAGCAGCUGCUGCUCUCCCGCGAGCGGCUGCUGCAGGCAUUUCAACAGUUUGAUAGCGACGGCUCAGGGAAGAUCACCAAUGACGAAUUAGCAAAGCUUUUCGGAAUAACGGCCAUUGACGAUAAGGCUUGGCACGAGGUGCUCGCAGAGUGCGACAAAAACAACGAUGGAGAGGUUGACUUUGACGAGUUUGUAGAAAUGAUGCAAAAAAUAUGCGACGUGAAAGUGCGGAACUAA